AUGUCUAUAAAAAUUGACACGGUUUAUCCUGCGGAUUCAGUGGAAUUCUGUCCCGAUUCUACUUCGGAUAUCUUCGCUUGUGGCACGUAUAAGCUGUUGGAGGGACAGACUUCAAAUAUCGCUGGCCAAAACAGAGUUGGGCAGUGCCUGAUUUACAAAUGGUCCUCGGAUGAGUCUCAUAUUUCUGCUGAAAAGAUACAACACAUCGACCUUCCAGCGGUGCUAGACAUGAAAUGGUCACACAAAUCCGCAUCUAACCGCCCAUUGCUGGGAAUCGCCGACUCGGGAGGGAAUAUUAGUCUACAUGAAUGGGAUCGAGACAAGUCUCAACUCGGAACUGUGGCUUCUAUCCGAGUAGCUCCAUCCUCGGAGACGCUAUGCUUGUCCUUGGACUGGUCUAACCGUCGACGUCAAACUGCUGACUCAGAUCACAUCGUCGCCUCUCUUUCAAACGGUGACCUUUGCAUCUUAAAUGUUGAUAACGUCUCCCAGUCUUCGUUCAGAUCUAGUGUCAGAUUGUGGCGGGCCCAUGAUUAUGAGCCAUGGAUCACCGCUUGGGAUUAUUGGAAUACCAACCUCAUAUACUCAGGUGGUGAUGAUCUCAAGUUCAAGGCCUGGGACCUUAGAGAAGACUUGACAAGACCGAUAUUCCUGAACAAAAUGUAG